GUGGCUUUGGAGAACAUGGAAUGUCAAAAAAACGAGGUGCCCUCUAUCAGCUUAUAGACAGGAUAAGAAGAUUUGGCUCUGGCUUUGAGCAAAAUAAUACAUCUAAAGGAAGAACUACUGUAAAAUUCUCAGGGAAAAAUGAGAAAAACCGAUUUCCCAGAGCUGCUACAUCACGAACAGAAAGAAUAUGGCCAGGGGGUGUCAUUCCAUAUGUCAUAGGCGGAAAUUUCACCGGCACCCAGCGCGCCAUGUUCAAACAGGCUAUGCGGCACUGGGAAAAGUACACGUGUGUUACGUUUAUUGAACGGAGCGAUGAAGAAAGUUAUAUUGUAUUUACAUACAGACCGUGUGGGUGCUGUUCUUACGUGGGUCGGAGGGGAAAUGGUCCUCAGGCUAUCUCUAUUGGCAAGAACUGUGAUAAAUUUGGUAUAGUUGUCCAUGAGUUGGGUCAUGUGAUAGGUUUUUGGCAUGAACAUACACGACCAGACCGUGAUGACCAUGUCACCAUCAUCAGAGAAAACAUCCAGCCUGGUCAGGAAUACAAUUUUUUGAAGAUGGAGCCUGGAGAGGUGAACUCCCUAGGGGAACCGUACGACUUUGACAGCAUUAUGCACUAUGCCAGGAACACCUUCUCAAGGGGCAUGUUUCUGGAUACCAUUCUCCCUUCCCGUGAUGAUAAUGGUAUACGACCUGCCAUUGGCCAGCGUACUCGUCUAAGUAAAGGAGAUAUUGCACAGGCAAGAAAGCUGUAUAGAUGUCCAGCCUGUGGAGAAACACUGCAGGAAUCUACAGGCAACUUUUCUUCUCCAGGAUUUCCGAAUGGUUAUCCUUCCUACACACACUGCAUAUGGAGAAUCUCUGUGACCCCAGGGGAGAAG